AAUGUCUGAUGUCUGAACUCUAAACGUUCCAGUCCGAAAGUAAACGAAACAGAACGACACGUACAUUCACCGCUACGGCACAGCGAACACCAGCACAGCUAACGUAACAAACAAUAUCUAGCGUCAGUCAGAGUUUUAAUAAAUAUAUCAGUUAUUUUGUCAGUACCUAAUAAUGAAUUGCAGAAAGUUAAUUAAGUGCGUCCAAAAGAAUCCCGAGUUGUAUGAUUACUAUGAUAUCAAGUAUAGUAACCAACAAUAUAGAGAUAUCGCGUGGGCAAGAGUAAGUGAAGAAGUUAGGCAACCUGCACAGGUAUGCAAAAAGAAGUGGCUUUGCCUACGAGAUACGUACAGAAGAGUAUUAAGAAAACGAAAAGACAUGUUAAAGAGCGAUCCAUUAGCAAAACCACGAAAAUGGACAUACGAAGAUGAUAUUCACUUUCUUCUCCCUCAUUUUCAUGAAAAACCAACAAAAACGGACCAAAUAAAAGUCGAAGAUGUGGAAUUCGAAGAAAAUGACGUUCUAGAAGAUAAAUCUGAUUUCUUCGAAGAAGCGCCAGAUAAUUUUACAGUUACUCAUUUCGAAGACAACGAAACAAAGGGAAUGCAAUCGGUAUCUGAAGUCAAUUCCGAAAUUAAUACAAACGCUACGUUAAAAGAGGAUGUAACUAUGCAUCUUACAUCUGAAACAUUAGUAACUUUUUUAUUGAAAGAGUUGGAAGAUAAAACAAAAAUUAUCAAAGAAUUAGAAAACAAAUCAAAUAAUGGUGCUAAUAGCACCAAUGAAGAUUUUUUUGCUGCCAUUAGAAAAACUGUUAAUAAUUUCUCGAUGAUUAAUCAAAAUAUCGUGAAGUCUAAAAUUUUCUCUGCUGUUUCGGAAGUGGAAUUAAAAGAAUUGAAAGAAAAACAAAUAGUUGAUGUAAAAAAUGGGAUUCAGUGUGUUGAAUUUAUUGAUCAAGUUUAAUUUAAAUUU